UUAUUUAAAAAUUUAGAAAAAAAUUUUAUUUAUUUAAGUUUAUUACCCACUAUCUUACAAGUCAUAUUCGUUAAAAAAUCUAGAGAAGAGUUUAAAUUCUAUAUAAAUUACUAUAUCUUAAACACAAUCUCUAUUAAAAAUUAUUAUUUAUUUCUACUUAUAAAAGAAACCCUGAAUAAUCUAAAAGAAAUAUACUAUUUUAUUAAAAUUAAUAUUAUUAGCACUUUUAAUAAUAUCUAA